AUGGCAAAGGAAAUUUCUGAUGCACAGAUUGAAAAUGCGAAUCAUCGCCCCAACAGUCCUUCUGACCUUGGACCUGACCCAGGCACGAUCCAAGGACGAGCGAUUCAACAGCAAGAACACAAUCGGGGAUACCUGGAAACUCUCAAAAAAGACCCCUGGCUCUUAUUCUGGAUUGGAGUCAUGCUUUGGACUCUGAUUGUGCGGGGAUUCGAAAAUCAAUCCUCCGGCUCUGUGAUCAGUAUUCCGGACUUCAAGCAAAGAUUUGGUCAACUCCAAGAUGGAGAAUACUUCAUUGAGACCAAAUGGCAGUCAGCCCUAAGCGGGGGCUCAAAUGCGGCUGCUAUUGUGGGUUCAUGGGCUGCCUCCUACUUUGCUGAUAAAUUUGGGGUCAAACCUGUCAUUCUGGUAGCGGCGGCUAUCAAUAUUGCAUCGGUUGGUCCUUUUGUCUCCGCCAUCAUGUCCUAUUACACAUCUUCAUGGGAGGGUGCUUGGUCCUGGAAGUCUUUGAUCUGUGCUCAAUGGGGAUUUGCUGUGGUUGGGCUGGUCGGACAAAUCUUCAUGCCCGAGUCACCUGUCUACCUCGUUCGAAGAGGCAAGUUCGACCAAGCCCGAAAAUCUUUGAACCAGCUUUACUCAGACCCUCAUGAUGCUGAAGGUCAUUUGCAACGAAUCAAGCUCACACUUGAGGAGGCCGAGACACAACAAGAUUCAGUCUCAUACACUGACUGCUUUCGGGGGACCAACCUUCGCCGUACAAUGAUUGCAAUUAUGGUUUUCUUAUCCGAACCAAUGUCAGGACUCGGAUUCGUCUCUAAUUAUGGUGCUUUAAUGUACCAGUAUCUAGGAAUAGGCGAUCAACAAUCAUUCCUGAUCCAAAUAGGUGCUCAAAUUCUUUCAAUGUCCGGAGCAACUAUUUCUUUUCUGAUUGGUGAUAUGUUUGGCCGGAGACCUAUGUACCUGGGUGGGUGUAUUGGUUUAACCUUACUGCUGCUUUGUAUGGGGAUUGCAGGCUCGGUGGAUACGAAUGCUGCCACCACUGCCGCAGUGGGCUUCUAUACCAUGUAUAACUUCUUCUACAAUGCUGGUGUGGGAUCCAAUGUUUAUACUAUCGCUGGGGAGGUUCCUACUUCAGUUCUCCGGACCAAGACACUUGCUGUGGCCCUCUCAGUCUCUGCAGCAGUCAACACAAUGUGGUCAUUCGUCGCGCCUUAUAUGUUCAACCCUGGAUAUGGCGGACUCAAAGCCAAGAUCGGCUUUGUUUUUGGCGCAUUUAUGUUGCUAUUUGCUGUCAUGGCGUAUUUCUUCGUCCCAGAGACUCGUCGACGCACAUAUGAGGAACUUGAUGAACUUUUCAUGAAUCGUGUACCGACUCGAGAAUUCCGUGAAUAUGUCACUUUGGCAGAACGAAGAGCUGCAGAAGCUUACCAAGUGACCGAAAAAGUGCCAGAAGCUGUUCGGGUGUGA